UCGAGCUGGGUUUGUUGUGAGCCCAGCACGUGCCUGGGUGGGUUUGUCUUGGGUUUGCGAUGAACCUAGCUUGUGCCUAUGUUCGCAAAGAACCAAGCAUGCACCAAGGUUCAUCCUAGGUUUGCCAAGAACCCAACAUGGGCUUGGGUUCGUUGCGAACCUAGGACAAACCUAGCAAAGCCCGCGUGUUAUGCUCUCCUUUUCUUCCCCCUGCAACCAGCCGAAAACCCCAGCUGCUGCCACCCAUUUCCGGCUGCUGCCACCCAUUUCCGGCUGAAAAACCGGAUUUCCGGAUCUGCUCUGCUUGUCCGUCCGUUGCUGCUGCUAGGCCCGAAAUUCUGGGCAUUUUUCUACCGUGAGUCCCCUGCAAAUUGCCGCUGGCCCUCCCCAAGCCACAGCUCCGGUUCUUGCUGGAUUUAUGGUUCUCGAUCGUUCUGUCAAUUAGCACUGAGAUCGAGUUUUCGGUUUUAUGCGAGUGAGGUAAGUAGAUUAUGGUAAUGCCCUUCGACUUUAAAACAUGUUUUGAUUUGUUUUUGAAGUGGUGACGGAACUAAACCCAUUUUAUACAAAAUAAGUAUGAUUGAUUUGAACUGAAAAUUUUUAUGAUUUUUAUGAACUUGAGCAUGCCUACUUGAAGUUCAUUUGAUUGUUCUGAUGAUUUGAAAGUUAUUUGUAAAGAAUGAUUUUCUGUUAACCUCUGCCUGUUUUGUCUUCGAUGUGGUUAUGUUAUUGAUGAUCCUGCUAGUGGGGGUUAAACGCUAGCAUAUGUCGACAUGUUAUUGAUAGAACCGGUUCGUUCGAAUGACCCUGCUAGUGGGGGUUAAACACCAACAAAUAGUGUAGCCUGCCAGUGGGAGGUUUAAACACUGGCCAUGACCUAUAGAGGAAACAUCUAUUUCGUUUCCGUACUGUAUCCAUUUUUCGUAAUUGCACAUGUUGGCAUGCUAUAAAUUUAAUAAGGGGCACUCCAUAUUUACUUACUGAGUUUAUCUCAUAGUUUUUCCUUGUCCACCAUUUUAGGAAGCAAAACCGAGGACGGGGAAACCACGAGAAGUGACGGAUUAGAAGGCUAGCCAUUUCGAGAUUGAUAUAGAUUUUAGAUAUAGAUCAUGAUCUUGUAAACUAGAAUGUAUUUGGAGAUUUUAUGAUAUUAGAGCAGAUUUUAAGAUUUGAUCUUCAGAUUUUGAUGGUAUCAGAUUGUGAAUUGGAUAAGUUCUGAGCCUUGUGCAUUUGUGGGACCCUCUCACGAGUGCACGGCGUCUGCCACAUCCCCGGAUUUAGGUUUUGGGGCAUGACAAUAUGGAUGAUUCUCUUAUUUCAAAAUUCUUUAGAUUGCUUUGUUUUCAUUCAUUAUUUGGGAAAUUUAGUAACAAAAAGGUGAAAAGCUU